CCCACAACGACAUAUACACCAAGUGCAUCACUCCACGACCCCGGUUUCUACCUCAGUCCUGUUAACACUUGCACUGUGGUCGUAUCAUGAUGGCCCAAUCAUAUAAUUCUGACAGUUCACGAUACUCCGAACAAUAUUCAACUUCCGUGAAUCCGAAUGGCCUGCAUCAUGACAAUCGCAAUCAAAAUCAGGAUCGAUUUGGAGCAUUUGUCGACUACAAUGCACUGUACAACGACGCAACGACGCGUCUUGAUAUUCUUGGUGGCUCUGCUACUACCGCUCGCGACCUUCAUGAGGAACCCGACUCUAAUUUGGCAGCAAGUGAUAGCCAAUAUCCGGAGUUCGUAGACAGACAAGUCAUGCUCUGGGACAAUUCCGCACCUCAAGAGCCAACCACGGAGGUUGAGCUCCCCUUUGAACUCCCUAGCACAUACUCCUUCGAAGCCUCGCAGCCUUAUGGAAUCCAGAACCCCUCUAUCUCCUCCGUAGAGUGGAACGACGCAACGAACUAUCCUUCGUAUGGUUCUCAGCACCAACCCAUAACAGACUUUGGUCCCCUCGCUCAGUGGGACACCCAGUAUCCACGCGACUCGCAAUUCUCCACUUCCUUUUCUCCCAUGGACAAUCUCGUCAGUCCCGCUCAAAUGGCUCCUUCUCACGAGGACCUUAGGAGUAACUACUCUCCUUCGUACGCCGAGCAGUACCUGUUGGACAUCGAGGCGCGAGAGGACGACACACUCUCCAUUCAUGUUCGCAUCCCGCCCUCUAUUCCUGGAGCUAUGUACUACGGCACCCACCUGAUAUCAGAGUUCUCGCAGGACGCGGAUGGUACCAUCGACUUCCGUGUGCAUCUCCCGGCGGGGUGCGCACGGGUCAGCAGCACCUUUGUGCAUGCUUAGAUCGAUUGCUGAAUGUUCGAGAACGCCUUUGCUUGCAUUGAUAUAUGUUUGUCGUUUGUUUUACUUUCGCCUCGAUGAGCUCCCGCGCCCUCAGCUCUCUUUUGUUAUCGUUAUGCUCUUGAUAUAUCGCU